AUGCAACAGGGAUGUGCAAACACAAAACAAGGCUGCUUGAGUCUUGAGUUCAUGAAAUCCCCAAUGAGUUGCGGGCAGUGCUUGCUUUUGAUCCCGGAAGAGGUUGACUGCACUGACACUCAGAUAUGCUUUGCCCUGAAUGUUACACACCACACUCUUCGGACAGCGAAGAAGCAGUCCAACCAUGGCUUGUUUUUUUUCCGACCCAAACUGCAGACCAUAUGGACACCCCAUGGACACCCCCCUUCAGCCAACCAGCACAUCUGCAGCAGCAACUGCAUGGUGGAACCAGUUCUACAAGGGCAACCAACAGCAUGA